GCUCCUAUCCCUACCGGCAUACUCGUCUCGCGUUUCCUACUGACAUUAUCGGCAACUUGCGCAUCCUAUUUUGUCUCGUCUGUUACACUACGGCCACCCAUCUCUGGAGACCGAGAUUCCGUUUUAUACAUAUAAUCCCUGUUAUCCCUUGUGCAGCAGGGUCAAUAGGUCAAUAGGAAGUCACGACGACAACAUGGCUAAUCUCGGGUCGGCCUUCCGCUCUUUCUGGCAUACUAUGACCAGCUAUGAUCGACACUCGAAUUAUGAUUCCCCGCACCGGACUGGCCGUCAUGUGCCUCUCAAUCGCCAAAGCACAUUAACAUCUGUUGCUACCGCCUCAGACUCACGUGCCGAUAUCACAUCUCCUUAUCACGAUGAGUUAGGUCGGCUAUCCAACCAGGCAGAUGGUACUGCGUACAUGGGUGCUGGCAUGCCCUCUGUAUCUCCACUCUCACCCGGGUCCAACGGCCCGUACUCUCCUGGCCUAAGAUCUUUGAAUGCUCAGAGGCAAAGCUCAAGAGAUGAUGGGUUUGAAACUGUGAGCAGCCCUGGCGACAUUCAGAUGCAAUCGUUUGCCGAUGGUGCACCACCAGCGCCGCCUGUGGGCCACUCAUGGAAGCGUAUUGAUAGAUGGGCCGAAGAGAACUAUCCUGAAUUAUUCGACCAGCUUUGCGAGGGCUGCACAAAUAAUGACUUAAUUGAGCUGGAGCACCAGCUCGACUGUUCGCUCCCCCAGGACUUGAGGGAUUCUCUCAUGGUCCACGACGGCCAGGAGCGCGGUGGUAAUCCCACGGGGAUUGUCUUUUCAGGCAUGCUCCUCGAUUGCGAAGAAAUAGUGCAAGAGUGGGAUCAGUGGAGGAGAGUCAAUCAACAGUAUCUCCUUGAAAAUACAGUGACAAGUCCUACGAUUCCCUCCAAGGCUUUUGGUGGUGCCGGGGAAGCAUCUUCUUCUCGAUCCGCACCAGGGUCUCCAGGCUCCCACAAAGGUUCAUGGCGGCAAGAUCUUCAAGCCCGACAAGACUCGGUCCCUGGUGGGGCCAUUCAGCGAGCUUAUGCACACUCAGCUUGGAUUCCGCUUGUGCGAGAUUGGGGUGGCAACAAUCUUGCCGUGGACCUGGCACCCGGUCCCUCAGGUGUAUGGGGGCAGAUUAUCUUAUUUGGAAGAGAUUAUGAUACUAAGUAUGUCGUUGCCAAGUCGUGGGGCGCGUUCCUCGCGAUCCUCGCAGACGACUUGAGCAGUGGCAAAUGGUUUGUCGAUGAAGAUACGAACGAACUAAAGUUGCGAGAGUUUAAAACUACACGUGUUGAGCCCUCGUACUUUGACAUACUGCGUUGGCGGAUGGAUCAAAAGCAUGGGCGUACCGCGAAAACUAUGGCAAAGCGCAAGUCGGGCGUACCUAGCAACGCUGCGUCCCCUGGUGGCUCCCCUUACUCCAGUCCUGUGGAUGCUCAUGGGGACGUCCGUGGAAGAACGUUGCAACGUCUCAGCAGUCCAUCGCCGUUAGUAAGUCCUGCUCGAGUUGGUUUCGGAAAAUCGACCGCGCUUGCACGAGUUGCAGAAGAAUCAGGUCAAGCCGAGCCAAAAAUCAAUGGCAUCAGAGAAGACAAGCUCGUUGAAGUCGAAACAUCUAGAGCUUUAGAAGAUAAUACUACAUCAGGUUCCAAUGAAGAUGCCGGACUCGAGCCUAAAGGCAAGGAUAUCUCGUCGACAAAAAGAGAAGCGGAUCUAGUAAAUGGCCACACCGACGACAUUGAAGGAGGGAUGAAGACUAUAGAGAUAUGAUGAGUGUUUGAUGAUGAAACGCAAUGAUAGCCCAUGUUCCCACGACCAUAUUCAUCAUAAAGUGUAAAAGGGCGGCGUU